AUGGCGUCUCACGCUGCACAAUCUACUGCGCCGUUAUCAGUCCCAUUCCUGUCGCCUGCUCUUAACAUGAACGACAAGGUGUACUACACCGCCGCUGGGAACGGAAGUAAGAAGCGGUUGAACGUGCCCAGCGCCGCCGAUGUGGACGCCUCCGCACUUCCAAAGACUGCUCAGGAGCAGCAGACGCAGCAACACAUGUACGCGUACCGCCCACGCACGGAGGAGCUGCUGUGCCAACGCCGCUCCGGUAGUAAGCGCGACCACGACACCGCCACCUCGACCGACGUGGGGCAGCAGCAGCAGCAGCAGAAGACGGAAGCAGCAGGUGCAGGUGCGCCGAAGCUUGCCGACCACGCAGGGGACACGAAGGCGCCGGUGCGGAAGCAGGCGAAGGUCACCUACAUUCUUCCGAACCAGAGCCGUGAGGAGGGGCACUUCUACGUUGUGCUCGGCGAGGACAUCGACGUGUCGACGCAGCGCUUCAAGAUCCUGU